AUGCCAAAUUGCAAUGAGUAUACCGUUGGAUGGAUCUGUGCUACAGAUACGGAGAACGUGGCUGCUCAAGAAUUUCUCGAUGAAGAGCACGAGGGGCCAGAAUCAGUCCAACAAAAUGAUAACAACAUUUAUACCUUGGGUCGGAUCGGGAAGCACAACGUCGUGAUCGCUGCCCUGCCGCAUAAACAAUACGGACUUGUAAAUGCAGCCAGCGUCGCCAAGGACAUGGUCCACAGCUUCCCGAAUAUCAAAAUCGGCCUGCUGGUGGGCGUAGGCGGCGGGGUGCCAAGUGCCACUCAUGAUAUACGGCUAGGUGAUGUCGUUGUCAGUUCUGCAGGCCUCAGUAGCGGCGGCGUAUUCCAACACGACUAUGGAAAGAAGAAACAGGACGAGAAAUUUGCUACGAGUGGAUUCUUAAACCAACCUCCCAUGAUUCUUCUAAAUGCAAUACAGGCACUGCGGACGAAGCACAAAAGAAAAGGUCAUCAAAUCCAAGAGGCCAUCGAAGCAGUCUUCCAGAACAACAAAAGGCUCCGAAAAACGUACAAGCAACCAGAAAUGGGUACUGAUACGCUUUAUAAGUCCUCGUUUACUCAUGCAGGGAGUGAUAAUGACAGUUGUACGGCAGUUUGCGGCGAUGACAGCGGCAACUUAAUCUCUCGAAUGGAACGAGCUGAAGGCGGGGAUGAUCCAAUCAUCCAUUACGGAUUGAUCGCAUCCGGAAACCAGUUGUUGAAGGAUGCACAGCUUCGAGACAAGUUGGCACGAGAGAGGGAGAUCUUAUGCUUUGAAAUGGAAGCUGCAGGUCUCAUGAAUUUUUUCCCUUGUCUUGUUAUUCGCGGUAUUUCCGACUACUGCGACACGCAUAAGUCCAAGCUAUGGCAGGGCUACGCAUCCAUGGCGGCGGCUGCCUACGCUAAAGAACUUCUCAGUAUCAUUGCACCAAAUAGAAUCGAGGCUGAGGCUCCUCUGAUUCAGUCUAUGGCUCAAGAUGUGUCGGAAAUCAAGGGCGCAGUGGCUCAAGUCAGUGCCAGUCAAACCAAUGCAGCUGAGCAAAAGAUCCUUCACUGGAUCACAGACAUAACCUACGGCAAUGAACACAGCGAUACUCGCAACAAGCGGCUUCCGAAAACCAGCGAGUGGCUUCUCAAAACUGAGGAGUAUCAUGACUGGGUAAACAACAGUGGGAAAACGCUCCAUUGUGAGGGAAUGCCCGGAGCCGGCAAGACCAUCAUUGCAUCUGUUAUCGUGGAUGAUCUCGACAGAUCUCAGAAGGAAAGCGGUUUAGCCUAUAUAUAUUGUAACUACAAAAGGGAGGAGACUCAGACUGUCGAGAAUCUCCUCAAAACCAUGCUACGACAGCUGCUUCAAUCCCGGCCCCCUCUUCCAGAAGCCGUAAAGUCCGUGUACUAUACGCAUAACGCCAGACAAACACAACCUACGCUAGAAGAAAUUCGCCAGCUUCUAAGAUCAAUCGUUGCAUCCUAUCCCAGAGUCUUCAUCGUUAUCGAUGCCCUAGAUGAAUGCAUCGGGCCUGAUGACUGCCGACGUAGGUAUCUGCAAGAGAUUCAAGGGCUGCAAGAAUCCUACGCAGUCAAUGUUCUUGCAACCUCAAGGCCUCUCCCUGAAAUCCGAAGAAUGUCAUGUUUUAAAAACAACACAUUGGUCCAGCUGCACGCCCGCGAUGAGGAUAUUCACGCGUACCUUGAGACUCGAAUUUCAAGAUUUUCUAACUUUAUACAGCAGGACAUUGACCUUCAAAGGGCCAUUAAGGAGAAGAUUCAGCGCAUCGUCAAUGGAAUGUUCUUGCUCGCAAAACUCUAUAUGGACGCUAUUCAAGAUAAGGUAACCUCGAAUAGCGUCAAGGAAGCCACAAGCGCCUUUGGGACAAACCCAGACGCAUAUUCCGAGGCCUACGAGGCUGCCAUUGAACGAAUUGAGUCUCAGAAGAGCGACAGGCUGACCUAUGCCAAGAAAUUGCUAUCCUGGGUUUCUCUUGCGAAAAGAGAGCUGUCUCCUGACGAACUCGGGCAUGCACUUGCUGUCGAGCCCGGUGCAAGAGCUAUAGAUACAGGCGACAUCCCAGAUCUCCAGGAUGUGGUCUCGUUCUGUGCUGGGCUUGUCUAUAUUGAUCGAACCCGUCAAAAAGUGAGGUUGGUCCAUCUAACAGCCCAGACCUUUCUGGAAAGUAAGCUAGCGGAGUUCUCGCCAAAUGCUGAGAGUAGUAUUGCCCAUAUUUGCAUUACCUACCAAUGUUUUGACACUUUUGCGUCAGGUCACUGCGUUACCAAGGAAGACGUUGCAAUACGUAAACGGAGAUAUCCAUUGUUCCGCUACGCAGCUCAUUACUGGGGCCAGCAUACCCGAAAUUCUCAGCAAUUUAGCUAUGCAUCGCAAUUACUGAAGAAAACCGCGAAUGUACAACAUUAUCCAUCUGGGAAAUGCCCUUUCAACGGGAAGAGUAUAGCGAAUACGCGGAACAACGCAUAG